ACGCAUUGCUCUUGUUUACAAUAAUACUAUUGUUUUCAUCAUUAUUCAAUUAUGCAAAGACGGAAUCUUAUUGAACAGAUAGUCGUGCGUAUUCCUGACGCGCAGGGCUCCGACUGCACAUUGGUCGGCAUUGAUGGGCGCGAUGGCUCAGGCAAGACUACAUUUGCCGACGAGUUUGCGAAUGUUUGUCAAUCUGUACUCUCACGUCCGGUCAUUCGAAUCUCAUUGGAUGACUUUCAUAAUGUGCGGUCGCUGAGAUAUCGCCGCGGCAAAGCUUCCCCUGAGGGUUUCUAUCUCGAUAGCUAUGACUACAAUCGGUUCCAUGCAUUUGUCGGUAAAUCGCUGAGCGCUGGUGGAUCACGGCAAUUCAAGUACCGCUGCCAUGAUCUUGACACAGAUGAAGUGUUGGACUUGGAACCCUUCGAAGAGGCGCCGCCGGGUGCAAUUGUGGUUGUUGAUGGUCUAUUUCUGCACCGCCCGGAGCUUGUUAGUGUAUGGAACUAUUCCGUGUAUUUGGAUGUGACGGCGGAGGAGUGUGCGCAGAGAAUGAUGGUCCGCGACGGUGCUGCACCACAAUUAAUACCUACUGAUCGAUAUUUUGGAGGCAUUGCUUUAUAUUUGGAUGCAUGCCAUCCAAAGGAAAAGGCGAGCGUGGUUGUAGAUAAUAAUCAAGUUGGGUUACCCUACAUUGUUGAUUUUGUAGGCGACCAAGUUUAG